GUCCUCCUAGGGUGGGAGGGGGGAGCAUCGGAGGCCGGCUUGCGCGCCUGCGCAGUGCGUCUGGGACGGAGGCGGCCGCGGCCCAGGCUUGGGAAAGCAGAGCGGCGGCGCCUGCUGCGGCUUGCGGCGGGGCCGGCGGCCUGGGAGAAGACGCGGAUGUGACCGCGGCUGGCUGGCUGGCCGGGCCGGCGGGUAGGGCCGGGGAGGGGGUGAGAAGCGCCCCUCCCCCCCUCAUCCAUCCCGAGGGGGAGGGGAAGCGGCUGAGGCGAGGGAGGCGCGGGAGGAAGGGGGGGCUAUGCAGCCGCCUCAGCCGCCCCCCUACGAGUUCCUAAGCGAAGAGAACGGGCAGAAAUGGCGGGGGCUCCUCGUGCCGGCCCUGCGCAAGGUUCAACAGCAAGUCCACCCCAACCUUUCAGCCAAGGAAGAUUCCCUUUACUACAUUGAGGAGUUAAUCCUUCAGCUGCUGAACAAGCUAUGCAUUGCACAGCCACGGACUUUUCAAGACGUAGAGGAGCGAGUUCAAAAGACCUUUCCUCAUCCAAUUGACAAGUGGGCAAUUGCAGAUGCACAGUCAGCUAUUGAGAAGCGGAAAAGAAGAAGCCCCCUCCUGCUACCUGUGGACAAAAUACAUCCUUUGUUAAAGGAGGUUCUUGGUUAUAAAAUAGAUUAUCACGUGUCUCUUUAUAUUGUGGCUGUCCUGGAAUAUAUUUCAGCGGACAUCUUAAAACUGGCUGGCAAUUAUGUUUUCAACAUACGACACUUUGAGAUCUCGCAGCAGGACAUUAAAGUAUCAAUGUGUGCUGAUAAGGUGUUAAUGGAUAUGUUUGAUCAGGAUGACAUUGGCCUGGUUUCUCUCUGUGAGGAAGAGCCCUCUUCUUCCGGUGAACUCAAUUACUGUGACCUUGUCAGAACUGAAAUUGCAGAUGAAAGACAGUAUUUGCGGGAGCUGAAUCUAAUUAUAAAAGUAUUUCGAGAAGCUUUCCUGUCUAACAGAAAGUUGUUCACACCUAAUGAUAUUGACAUGAUAUUUAGCAACAUCACAGAUAUCCAUGAAUUGACAGUAAAACUCUUGGGGUUAAUUGAGGAUACUGUGGAAAUGACUGAUGAGAGCAGUCCUCAUCCCCUGGCUGGAAGCUGUUUUGAGGAUCUUGCAGAGGAACAAGCCUUUGACCCUUAUGAGACCUUGUCCCAGGACAUCCUUUCACCACAAUAUCAUGCACAUUUUAAUAACUUGAUGGCUAAACCUGCUGUGGCUCUGCAUUUCCAGUCAAUUGCCGAUGGUUUUAAAGAAGCAGUACAGUAUGUCCUUCCGCGACUCAUGUUAGUUCCUGUUUACCACUGUUUGCACUACUUUGAAUUAUUACAGCAAUUGCAAGAAUGUAGUGAAGAUGAAGAAGACUGCGAAUGCUUGAAACAAGCCAUAACAGCGCUGCUUAAUCUGCAAUGCAGCAUGGAGCGCAUCUAUAACAAGCACUCACCUAGACGCCGGCCUGGGGAGCCAGUGUUUUGGUUCUAUAACCGCCAAGUCAGAAGCAAGCACCUGGCAAUUAAAAAAAUGAACGAGAUCCAGAAAAACAUUGAUGGCUGGGAAGGCAAAGAUAUUGGUCAAUGCUGUAAUGAAUUCAUAAUGGAAGGGACAUUGGCCCAAGUUGGAGCCAAACAUGAGCGGCAUGUCUUCCUCUUUGAUGGUUUAAUGAUCAGCUGCAAAGCUAACCACGGACAGUCUCGCCUCCCAGGCUACAGCAAUGCAGAGUACCGACUCAAGGAAAAAAUUGUCAUGAGGAAGGUCCAUAUAGUUGAUAAGGAUGAGACCUGUGAAUACAAGAAUGCUUUUGAACUGGUCCCUAAAGAUGAGAACAGCUUCAUCUUUGCGGCCAAGUCUGCUGAAGAGAAGAACAACUGGAUGGCAGCGCUGAUUUCUCUCCAGUAUCGCAGCACCCUGGACCGAAUGCUGGACGCAGUGCUGUUGCAGGAAGAGAAUGAGCAGCCCCUGCGGCUCCCUCGUCCCAGCGUCUAUCGCUUUGCAGUGCAAGACUCUGAGGAGAACAUCGUUUUUGAAGACAACCUUCAGAGCAGGAAUGGAAUUCCCAUUAUCAAAGGUGGAACUGUAGAGAAGCUCAUUGAAAGGCUCACCUAUCACAUGUAUGCAGAUCCUAAUUUUGUGCGUACCUUUCUUACCACGUACCGCUCCUUUUGUAAGCCCCAGGAACUCCUAGCUUUGUUGAUAGAACGAUUUGAAAUCCCGGAGCCUGAGCCAACAGAAGCUGAUAGGCUGGCAAUAGAGAAAGGAGAACAGCCAAUCAGCGCAGACCUUAAAAGAUUUCGCAAGGAGUAUGUCCAGCCAGUGCAACUCAGGAUAUUAAAUGUGUUUCGGCACUGGGUGGAACACCAUUUUUAUGACUUUGAGAGAGAUCAGGAGCUACUUGAUAAACUAGAAACAUUCAUUUCCACUGUAAGAGGCAAAUCUAUGAAGAAGUGGGUGGAAUCCAUUGCAAAGAUUAUCAGGAGGAAAAAGCAGGCUCACGCAAAUGGCGUUAGCCACAACAUAACGUUUGAGAGCCCUCCUCCCCCAAUUGAGUGGCAUAUCAGCCGCCAGUUUGAGACAUUUGACCUCAUGACGCUGCACCCUAUAGAGAUUGCUCGGCAGCUGACUCUCCUGGAAUCUGAUCUCUACAGGGCUGUUCAGCCAUCUGAACUUGUUGGCAGUGUGUGGACAAAAGAAGAUAAAGAAAUUAAUUCUCCAAAUCUACUCAAAAUGAUUCGGCAUACAACAAAUCUUACGCUUUGGUUUGAAAAGUGUAUCGUGGAAAUGGAGAACUUUGAAGAGCGAGCAGCUGUCUUAAGCAGGAUUAUAGAAAUCUUGCAGGUUUUCCAAGAUUUGAAUAAUUUUAAUGGUGUGCUAGAAAUAGUCAGCGCAAUGAAUUCUGUCUCGGUAUACAGACUGGAUCACACGUUUGAGGCGCUGCAGGAGAGAAAAAAGCGAAUUUUGGAUGAAGCAGUAGAAUUAAGUCAAGAUCACUUUAAAAAAUACCUUGCGAAACUCAAGUCAAUCAACCCACCCUGUGUGCCUUUCUUUGGAAUAUACUUAACAAAUAUUCUGAAGACUGAAGAAGGGAACCCUGACUUCCUGAAAAGACAAGGCAAAGGAUUAAUCAACUUCAGUAAGAGGAGGAAAGUGGCAGAAAUCACAGGAGAAAUCCAGCAGUACCAAAACCAGCCUUACUGUUUACGGGUUGAACCAGACAUACGGAGGUUCUUUGAAAACCUGAACCCCAUGGGGAGCUCUCCAGAGAAAGAGUUUACAGACUACUUGUUCAACAAGUCGCAGGAGAUUGAGCCUCGAAACUGCAAGCAGCCUCCUAGAUAUCCUAGGAAAACAACCUUCUCUCUGAAAUCUCCUGGAAUAAGGCCCAACACAGGCAGGCACGGCUCCACGUCAGGCACGUUGAGGGGUCACCCAACGCCUCUUGAAAAGGAGCCCUACAAGAUUAGUUUUAGUAGAAUUACUGAAGCCGAACAGGAGUCUGCCGCAUCAGCACCAACCUCCCCAAACAUACCAUCCACUCCUCCAGUGUCUGCAUCUUCAGAACUCAGCGUGUUCGUAGAUAUUGAUCUCAACAGCUCUUACGGUAGCAACAAUAGCAUCUUUGCUCCUGUCUUUUUACCACAAUCAAAAUCAUUCUUCAGUUCAUGUGGGAGUUUGCAUAAAUUAAGUGAAGAGCUUCUGGUUCCUCCUCCUCUGCCUCCUCGCAAGAAGUUUGAUCAGGAUUCUUCUCAUUCAAAGGGCAGUUCCAAAUCUGAUGAUGAUCCUCCUGCUAUUCCUCCCAGGCAGCCUCCUCCUCCAAAGAUACAGCCACGAGUCCCAGCUUACACUGGUCCAUUUGACCAGCCACUGCAAAGCCCUCCGCCGCCACCUCCAAGAGACCCUCUUCCUGACACCCCUCCACCAGUACCUCUUCGCCCUCCAGAGCACUUUGUGAACUGUUCAUUCAACCUCCAGCCACCGCCGGUGGGACGCUUUCACAGAGAUCCUGACCGGCUCCGGGACGCCAGCACAUGUCCGAGCUCACCCAACACUCCUCCAAGCACCCCAUCACCUCGAAUAUUGCGCCGUUGGUGUGUGCUCAGCCCAAAUCCCAACCACCUUGCAGCUCCCCCAGUCCCCCCACGUCAGAAUUCCAGCCCUCAGCUGCCAAAACUGCCACCAAAGACUUACAAGAGGGAAUUCUCCCAGACUCCUUUGCACAGACACUCUUUGCUAGAGAAUGCAGAAACUCCUCAAUGACCCUCACCACAGUAGUCAUUGACACUGGAAUUGUAGCUGUAAAGUACCCAUUUUCUUUUUUAAUUUAUUCCAAUGAAGCAGUGUGUUUGAGAACUUUGGCAAGUAACACUUGUACCCAGAGUGCUGCUGAUCGUUUUCAAGCAUUGGAACAGCAAGAACAACCUCCCCCUGCUCCCCAGCCUUUGUAGUCGCUUGCAACAGCAUUCUCCUCAGGGGAUCAGUAGCACUGCCUUUUCCUCCUCCUCCUCAGUGCCGACAGUUUUGCCAGUCAAAGAAUACAGAUUUUUGCACUGUAAACAAGACACUACACUACUUUUAAACUGACAUCAGUUGAUUGCACUGAGCCAAAAAAAUGGUUACUGGUGGGAUAUUUUAUUUCCAAAUUGGAGCACGAGUGGCCUUUUCUACAUAUGUAUUUUUUAAAGGGCACAUGUUUUCCUGAGCAAGGCCCAUUGGAAUGUAUUGAUUCAUUUCAGUGGGGCUUGCUUGGGAGAACAUUGUGGUGGGUUGUGCCCGCGACUGGUAGAAUUCCCACCAAAGCAUGAAGAUGUAUAUCAUUUGAAAAAAAGAACAAACACACUCUUCAGCUGCUUGCCUUUCGGAACAAAAAAAUUAUAAAUUUUUAGAAGUUUGUGAAUGACCAUUACCGCUGUUCUCAAACAUUAGUGGAUACCAUGUCUUACUUUCCAUGGAUUUUGCUGCUGAAAACUUAGAAGGACAAGCAAUUGAAGGAGAGUGCACUACAAUUGUUCUGCUGAUACAAGUGAAGCAGAGGGCGGCAGCCUCCUCCAGUUUAGCAGAGAGUAUUUAGCAUGUGUCAGGUUGUGCCUUUUUUCAUUUGGGCAAGUGGAAAUGUAUUAAGCUAAAAAGUUGUCUGCUGUUUGGCAAACAAAGCUAUUAUGGCAUAAUUAUGUACAGUUGUUUAUAGUGUAUAUUUACAGAUUGAUAACCUGUAUACAUUUUUGUUAUGUGAGGCCUCUUCUGCAGUCUGUUACUUCCAUACAUUGUCAUAAGCAUUUUCCUAUGCGCUAGGAACAAAGUUUUGCCUUCCGGACUCAGACAACUUCAGUUAGUUUCUUACUUCAGUUUCAUUUUGGGGGUCCCCUUGGAAAUUGUGUUUAAACCAGCAAAUACUGAAGAUCUUAAUUUGGACUUCUUGAAACUUAAAAAACAAGGGACACCUUCCUUUGGCCAGCAGAACUCUGCAUUCUUUAGUUGAAGCUGGCACAAGAUGAGUCUGGUCCAAGUACUGUAGAAUCCAGAAGCCUUUACUUAACUGGUCUGUGGCCUUUUACUGUGCUUUGUAUCAGAGUUCUUAACCAGAUUAAUAAAUCAACUCGGUCUUAAUUUUUAAGAAA